ACGCUUAUCAGAUCAGCAAAUUCCUGUAAUUAGAUUACACCACAAGACUACUCUUCUUCGCAUUCAAUUCCCCAUUCUAUGGACUUUCCCGUUCUCCAUGAGACAGCCGAGGACGACGAUUCCCUUGCCGCCCGGCGGAUCCAACGGCUCUCCCUGCACCUGGCCCCAAUGCCUCCCGUCGCAGCGGGGCUGCAACCGCUCCCGUGCGCCGCCCGGCCGAAGCUCGCCGUGAGCACGGGGCUGCUGUCAGAUUACUUGAGGGGGAAGCACAGAGACGUGCAGGAGAGGGUCUUCGAGUACUUCAACUCCAGGCCUGAUCUCCAGACGCCGGUGGAGAUUUCGACGGCCGAGCACCGGGAGCUGUGCAUGAGGCAACUUCAGGGGUUGGUCACGGAGGCUGGGAUCAGACCCUUUAGGUACGUCGUUGAUGACCCAAUGAAGUAUUUUGCCAUCGCUGAGGCUGCUGGUAGUAUCGACAUGUCGCUUGGGAUUAAGCUGGGGGUGCAGUACAGUCUUUGGGGAGGCUCUGUGCUCAACUUAGGAACUAAAAAACAUAGGGAUAAGUACUACAAUGGUAUCGACAAUCUAGAGUACCCAGGUUGUUUUGCUAUGACAGAACUCCAUCAUGGGUCAAAUGUUCAAGGCCUCCAAACAGUAGCUACGUUUGAUUCAAUCACAGACGAAUUCAUUAUUGACACGCCCAAUGAUGGAGCCAUUAAAUGGUGGAUUGGCAAUGCUGCUGUUCACGGGAAGUUUGCUACAGUUUUUGCCAGGUUAAUGUUGCCAACUCAUGAUUCGAAUGGAGUAUCUGACAUGGGCAUCCAUGCCUUUAUUGUUCCAAUAAGGGAUUUAAAGACGCAUCAAAUGCUUCCAGGGAUUGAAAUACAUGAUUGUGGCCACAAGAUUGGCCUGAAUGGAGUGGAUAAUGGGGCACUGAGAUUCCGUUCUGUAAGAAUUCCCCGAGAUAAUCUUCUGAACCGAUUUGGGGAUGUCUCUCGAGAUGGGAAAUACACAAGCAUCCUCCCAUCCAUUAACAAACGAUUUGCUGCCACGCUAGGGGAACUUGUAGGUGGAAGGGUUGGCCUUGCAUAUAGUUCAGUUUCGGUUCUUAAGGUUGCUGUUACAAUUGCUAUCCGAUAUUCUCUACUACGCCAGCAGUUUGGUCCUCCCAAGAAGCCUGAAGUUAGCAUCCUAGAUUAUCAAUCUCAGCAACACAAGCUCAUGCCCAUGCUGGCUUCAUCUUAUGCAUUCCAUUUUGCUACUCUACAUUUAGUGGAGAAAUAUUCCGAGAUGAAAAAAUCUCAUGAUGAACAAGUCACGGCGGAUGUCCAUGCACUUUCUGCUGGCCUUAAGGCUUAUGUGACAGCUUAUACAUCAAAGUCAUUGAGUAUCUGCAGAGAAUCAUGUGGAGGCCAUGGGUAUGCUGCUGUCAAUCGGUUUGGUAGCUUGAGGAAUGAUCACGACAUCUUUCAGACAUUUGAAGGGGACAAUACCGUGCUUCUACAACAGGUGGCUGCCGAUCUACUGAAGCAGUACAAAGAGAAAUUCCAGGGUGGGACACUUACAGUCACAUGGAAUUACUUGCGAGAGUCCAUGAAUACUUACCUAUCUCAGCCAAAUCCAGUUACUGCACGGUGGGAAAGUCAAGACCAUUUGCGCGAUCCUGGCUUCCAGUUGGAUGCGUUCAGGUAUCGAACCUCUCGAUUGCUCCAAACAGUUACUGUGCGCUUGCGCAAGCACUCCAAGACUCUAGGAAGCUUUGGUGCUUGGAAUAGAUGCUUGAACCACCUUCUGACACUUGCGGAGUCCCACAUUGAAUCUGUCAUCCUCGAAAAAUUCAUUGAAGCAGUGCAGAGAUGUCCUGAUGCAAAUACUCGUGCUGUUCUGAAACUCACCUGUGAUCUCUAUGCCUUGGAUCGAAUCUGGAAUGACAUAGGAACCUAUCGCAUUGUUGACUAUGUGGCCCCAAAUAAAGCUAAGGCAAUCCACAAGCUCACAGAAUACCUGAGUUUUCAGGUGAGGAAUGUUGCGGGGGAAAUUGUAGAUGCCUUCAAUUUUCCAGAUCAUGUUACGAGGGCUCCUAUCGGGUUGAAGUCAGAGGCUUACGCACAAUACACACAGUGUGUUGGAUUCUAAUCCUCCAGCGAACUGAAGGCAACUCCCAGGAUGUUUUAAACCAUUGAGGAUGUGAAAAUGGAGGAAAUCAGUGAUGGGGAAGAUGUGGUUCCUGCUUUUUUAUGCUUCACAUUUUACUUCCUGGUAAGAAAGCUGAAAGAGCUUGUGGUUGAGCGCUGAAAGCAGCUCUCAGUGCUCUGGCUUUUAGCAUCGCUGGGCAUUGGAAGAAUAACAAGUCACUUUUAUGGGAGGGAGUCACGGUUAUAGAGUCAUUUAUCUUUGUACAUUUCAUUGGGUUGUAUCAUUUGAAAAGCCUAUAUUCUUGGUUCCAAUUCUUUUAUCUAACAUAUGAGAGCCAUAUGUACGUAGUUUCCAUAUCCAGUGGCUUGAAUCCAUGCCCUUGCAGCUUGGAACUUCAAAGUAUGUAGGAUCCGAAAAUAUUACUGAAAAAUGUGAUGCACACAUGUAUUGGGUGCCCACAAUUAUUCCUAAUAAAUACCCAUGCUUGUGUCCUCUUUAAAGUAUGUAAUGUUUACGACUCAGUUAUUUAAAUAAAAAUAUUAGUGUUCUUCA